GGCUCAGUGAAGAGACAAGCACUGUAUGCCUGUAGUACAUGCACUCCAGAGGGAGAAGAACCAGCAGGAAUUUGUCUAGCUUGCAGUUAUGAAUGCCAUGGAAGUCAUAAACUGUUUGAACUAUAUACAAAAAGAAAUUUUCGUUGUGAUUGUGGAAACAGCAAGUUUAAAAAUUUGGAAUGCAAAUUAUUUCCUGUUCCAGAUGAGAUGAUUCAGUGUGUGGUCUGUGAAGACUGGUUCCAUGGCAGGCAUCUCGGUGCCAUUCCCCCGGAGAGUGGGGAUUUCCAAGAGAUGGUGUGCCAGGCUUGUAUGGAACGCUGUUCUUUCUUGUGGGCGUAUGCUGCCCAGUUGGCAGUCACCAAAGUAUCUGCUGAAGAUGAUGGGCUGCUGCUGAAUGUUGAUGGCAUGGGCGAUCAAGAGGUUGUCAAGCCUGAAAAUGGAGGUCACCAAGAUAACACCCAAAAAGUGGAUGUUCCAGAGCAUGAAAUGAAUGCUGGCAAGGAAGUUAAAGCUGAGCAGCAGAGUGAGCCGUGUGCCAGCUCCAGCUCUGAGUCUGACCGCCAGACAGUGUUCAAUAGUGAAAACACCAAAACCGAACUGAAGUCUGCCUGCAGACUUCAGGAGCUCCAAGCCAAGCAGUUUGUAAAGAAAGAUGCUGCCACCUAUUGGCCCCUGAACUGGCGCAGCAAGUUGUGCACCUGCCAAGACUGUAUGAAAAUGUAUGGAGAACUAGAUGUCCUGUUCCUGACAGAUGAAUAUGAUACCGUUUUGGCUUAUGAGAACAAAGGCAAGAGUGCACAGGCGUCUGAUAGAAGGGACCCUUUAAUGGACACCCUGAGCAGCAUGAACAGAGUCCAGCAAGUGGAACUUAUUUGUGAAUACAAUGAUUUGAAGACUGAACUUAAAGACUAUCUGAAGAGAUUUGCUGAUGAAGGCACGGUUGUUAAGAGAGAGGACAUUCAGCAGUUCUUUGAAGAAUUUCAGUCUAAAAAGAGAAGGAGAGUGGAUGGGCUGCAGUAUUACUGCAGCUAGAGGGGAGUGCCUGCUUCCUCAUUCAGUGAAAAUGCCACUGUUCCAGAAUAAAGAGACCUGUGUCACACUUGGUUCCCUUUCCGUCCUCCUGUGGCCUCAAGCCCCCAUCUCAACAGUAGCCGCAGUGUUUAUGCUGCUGUCUCUACAGCAUCCUCGAUGACUCAGCGAAACGCACCUCAUCCCACAGACUCCAGCUUUCCUGUCCGGAUACCCAGGGGUUUUGCUUAUGUUUUAAGAUGUUUGAUUUGAUCUUGAGAAAGCAAAUUGGUUUCUUUUUUUGGCAAUGUGUUCCAUGACUCCCAAAUGUGUGUCCACAGGCUGUUGCCCCCUGGGUCCUCUCUGUCUUGCAGGUUCUCUUCCUGUCAGCUCAAACCUCUGUGGGGGGCCAUCCCUUCUGCCCCCAUGAUCACAGUGCCUUGGGGCACAGCUUCCUCAAGCCUGCUCUUCAGAGUCCUCACUGCUUCCUGAGGUUUGCUCGUGGCCUGAAGGGAUUUGUGAUUUCUCUGGACCAGCGUUCAGAGCACCAGGCUUGAUGUUCAGGUGCUGAUGUCUGUUGUGGACAGGGAGGUUGACUCAUGGCAGGAUUGAGGAAGCAAGCCUUUGUUCUGAAUUUCACUGAUGAAUUUAAAGUGAAAUUUUGCCCCAUUCUUUUGGCACUUAGACAUCAGCUUUAGUACUGUAAUGCUCCCAGGGCUUCCAGGGAAUCCACCCAUAUCUGAAUCCCUUUGCUGCUGCCUAAAAUGACCAGAUCCCACCCCAUGGGUGCUUUCCAGAGUCCUCUGGUUUCUUAUGUUAUCAGGGAUAUGCAUAAGCAUAUAUUAAAAACGGACCUAUUUUGAUACAGUUGGAACCUCAGUAAGUUAUUUUUCCCCUUGAAUCUGUGCUGAAGGCAAAAAUACUGACUGACCUUAAUGGUGGUGAGUGGGCCAGUGUUACUGAAGAUUCCAGAGAAAGCCCUCAGCCACACAAAAUGCCAGGUUUUGUGUGUGUGUGCACAGCUCCUCCCCUCCUGAAUGAAGUCUGAAGAGUCUCAUGGAUUGUUGUCUAAAAAUCCACGUUUGAGGGAAGUCUUCUGGCUGGUGUGAAAUCUUUUUAAAGUUCCCUCUGUCUAUGUGGAAAAUAUCUUUUGAUCUACAAAGCCCUAAGUUGUCCCCUUGAGAGAAACAAUGUCUUCCCUAGCACACUGGGGUACAUUAAAGGCAUUUUAGGCCAUAUGUUGGUGUGGAUUUUUUUGUGUAUGUGCAGCAGUUGUAUGCAUGAGUGCUUACCAAUUCCUCAUAAGACAAAGGAGAGCCUACAGAUGAGGAAAUGGCAUGGCUCCUGUGCUGUGGCCUGUAGCCUCCCUCCUAAUGACAGGCCCUGUGAAAGCUGGUAUGAGGAACUGGAAGGCUCCUGGCUGCAGGCAAUGCCUGUGUACACUGAGCUGGCCUCCUGGAGAGGACUCAGUUAAAAACCUCAGCUGCCUAAGGCCUGGGGAUCUUCCAAGUCUGAGGGUACCUUGAAUUUGAGAGUUGCACUUUCCAUGUUCCAUCAUGUCCUCAAAGUUUAUAUCUUCCCAGGUGUCCCACUUGACUACAAAAAUGUUCCUGUCUGCCUGUGGCAGGUCAGAACCAUGGCUCGGCAGCAGCGUUAGUGAGCAGCAGCAAUACAGAUGCCCAUGCUGAAGGGCUUGUCUAAGAAAGGCUCUCUACUUAACCAGAAAACCUCUUUUUGUACCUGUUCACAACUGAUUUUCUUACCGACUUGGGCUGUCUCUUCUCGUAGAGAUGGUUUGGGCCAACCUGUGGCAGUUGAUAUUAAUGCAUGUUUUAUGCAAAACAAAAAUGUGAUACUAGUUACUUUUCAGGAAUUCUGGCAUUGUAUGUACAUUUUUGUAGAAAUUACUACUGGAUUUAACAUAUUUCAAUCAGGUUUCUGUAAAAUCCAAAUUAAACCAAUUUAAAAUAGUUGA